AUGGCCGAGCAAGAGCAAGAGAUGGAAAGAGUCAAUAAAGAGCUUACAUAUCUACAUGGGAAUAUAGGUCAAAUCAUGGAGAUGUUGCAAGUAAUACGUGCAAAGAUGGAUACUCAACCCACAAUUGUUUCUGAGAUCGUCAAUCCAGUGAUUAAUCCUCAGCCAAUAGUUACUACUCCAGCAACUUGGCCUCCCUUUGGUCUUCCUCAUGGUUUUGUGCCUCCCCCUCAAGGAAAAUCCACUCAACACACAGUUCCACUAACUACUGAAGUUAAUCAUGUGAUUCCCACUUUUGCACCCACUUCCAUGCACACUCGACUUCAACCGUACUUCGAUGAUCAUCAACAAGUGUAUAGUAUAUCUGAUAUGUAUGAAGAAGGUGAUGAAAGACAUGAAAAGCUGAGAGAAAAUGUUGAAACUAUUGAGAAAAGGCUAGAAAUGGAAGGUGAUCAGAUCUUUGGUGCUGCUGCUAGAGAAAUGUGCAUUGUAUCUGGAUUGGUGAUCCCCGCAAAAUUCAAGACACCCAACCUUGAUCAAUAUGAAGGAGCUACUUGUCCCAAAAGUCAUCUCAUCAUGUACUAUAGAAAGAUAGAAGCUGACGUGGACAAUGACAAACCCAUGAUCCACUGUUUCCAAGACAGUUUGAAAGGUGCCUCUUUCCAAUGA